AUGCUGAAAAUUUGCAGUUUCAAAUCACCACCGUUGAUUGUGAUGAGCACGGAUGGAUUUCGAGCCAGUUACUUACGCAAGAACAUAACGCCAGCAAUUGAAAGACUUAUUGACUGCGGUACUCACAGUAAAUUUAUGUUACCGUCAUUUCCAUCUAAAACUUUCCCGAAUCAUUACGCAAUUGCGACGGGUUUAUAUCCAGCUUGGAAUGGCAUAGUGGAUAACCAUUUCUAUGAUGCGGAUUUACCAAGGCAAUACUUUUCACCAUCAGUACAUGACCAAGGAUGGUAUCUGGGUGAACCGAUAUGGAACACAGUACAGAAAUACAAUAUGAAGUCGGCAGUUUACUUUUGGCCAGGAGGUGAAUCACCGGUUAAUGGUAAUAACUGCGGCACAAAACCAACGAUAGCUAUGCCCUACGACUCGAAGGUUCCAUUCACACAACGCAUUGAUAAGGUGAUCGAAUGGCUGAACUUAGCAGAUGAUCAAAGACCGUCGUUGAUCCAGGUGUAUAUCGAGCAACCGGAUGCAGCGGGACAUAUCGGUGGGCCUGACUCGGAAGUGGUGAAAACGGCAAUGAUAACUGCAGAUGCGGUGGUGGGAUAUCUCACAAAUCGACUUCUCCAUGAGGGCCUUAUGGGAUGUGUGAAUUUGAUUCUUGUAUCAGAUCAUGGUUUGUUUACUGUUACAACAUGA